AUGGACCUCUGGCCACACAGCCUCCUGCUGCUGCUGGCCGUGCGUGGCGUCUCGGGAGCCGCCCUGCAGCCAGGGUGUGGGCAGCCCUGGCUUGUGGACAUAGGGGCCCGAAUCGUGGGGGGCCACACGGCUCUGGCCGGUGCGUGGCCGUGGCAGGCUAGCCUCCGACUGCGCAAGGUGCACGUGUGUGGGGGAUCCCUGCUCAGCCCCCAGUGGGUGCUCACAGCCGCCCACUGCUUCUCCGGGUCCCUGAACUCCUCCGACUACCAGGUGCACCUAGGGGAGCUGACGGUCACCCUGUCCCCCCACUUCCACACCGUGAGGAAGAUCGUCCUGCACUCCAGCCCCCUAGGACCACCGGGGGCCAGCGGGGACAUCGCCCUGGUGCAGCUGAGCACCCCCGUGAGCCUCUCCGGCCAGGUCCUGCCCGUCUGCCUCCCGGCAGCCUCCACGGACUUCCCCCCGGGCACACGCUGCUGGGUGACCGGCUGGGGAUACACGGGGGAGGGAGAGCCUCUGCCGCCCCCCUACAGCCUGCGAGAGGCGGCCGUCUCCGUGGUAGAUGCUGAGACCUGCAGCCGGGCCUACUCCAGCCACGGCGGCAGCGCCAUUCGGGCGGACAUGCUGUGCGCUGGGGGCCCCGGGGAUGCCUGCCAGGACGACUCCGGGGGACCUCUGGUGUGUCAGCAGCAGGGGGCCUGGGUGCAGGCCGGCGUGGUGAGCUGGGGCGAGGGCUGCGGCCGCCCUGACCGGCCAGGCGUCUACACCCGCGUUCCUGUCUAUGUGGAUUGGAUCCGCCACCACAUCCCAGAACUGCGGGGUGUGGAGCCUCGACACCCAGGGCUGCCCUGGCUCUCGCUCCUGGCUGGGCUCUGGCUGCCCGGCCUCUUCCUCCUGCUGGUCGUAGGGGUCCUGGUGGCCAAGCGCUGGCUGCAGGCCCGGGCCGCCGCCCCUCCCCGCCCGCUGGAGGCCUGCCAUGGUCACAGGACGCUCCUCACGGGGCUGCUCACCUGGACCGGCACGGCCCGAAUCGGCCACACGGAGGCCCUGGGCCGCGGCCGCCCCUGCUCUGCCGUGGCCCUGCCUGGGCCGACGUCCUGCUCGGGCCCCUCUGCCCACGGCGGGGACUGA